AUGUCUUACCAAAGCUACACCGGCACUCCUAUUGAGGAGUGGCAAGACUUCGUCCUUUGGGAUGAUGACUGCUACAAUAACCCAACGGCCAACCGAGGCAACAAUCACCACGGCUACCUAGGGGUUGGGGUAUCUGGUAUCGAGUCACCCUAUGUUACAUCCGCACCUCCCUCGAACUACGACGGACCUUCAUCUUUCGACUACAAUGUCUCUGCACCGCCCUCAGUUGUGGGAGAAUCGUCAUCGUAUGGCCAAUUCUACGGCACUUCACCAACGUUCUCAUCCACUGCUACGUCUCCACUUGUGGGCCGCGAUGAGCUCCGUUUCUUUGGGUCCUUCGGCGCUUGCGAUAAUUUUCUCUCGCCUUUGCGAGAGGCCACAGAGUCGCCUCUUAUAGACACGACUCGCGAGCGGAUUGUCGAUUCGACUAGCUCCCUAGCAACAACGGCAGGGCAGGUGUUCAACCCACACCUAGCAGACUCAUAUCAGGCGUUUAGUGGCCGGGACAUGGUCGCGUCUCAGAUUCUUACCAGCAACACAGGUACCUGGGCCGAAACGUCUUGGGUCAGUGAACCGAUCGCAGAAGGUGAUGAAAACGGUGCCUUGACAUCGACAGCACCCAUUCCGAUCAUACGAACACAAACCCAGAGCUUGAACGGCUCCUUCGACUCCUACAAUCAGUCGCGGAACUCAUGUGACAACCGAACAAGGGCCAUCACCAUCCCACAGCCCAACGGCAAACCGACAAGCUAUAGCGCAGGGGCAUCUCGUUCUCGAUGGGUUCCGAAUGUACCGCCCAUGCUGUCAACCUCUCCUGUCUCACAACGUCGACCCCGUAGCUGUACCCUAUCGAGGAGCAACUCCCGUGCUGAAUACCGGAAAAGCCGGGCAUCUCCACCGCCAACGUCUGCACACUCUUUGGGUUGGGUUUCUAUGCAGAUGGACAGCCAGUCUGGUCGUAUGGCAGCGGCCACAUCCUUUGAAGGUACACAGGGACGCAUUGCUAAAGGCCGCAAGAAAGGAUUGGAUCCUAGGCAACGAAGCGAGGCAGCUCUGAUGCGUAUCAUCGGCUCGUGCUCCAACUGCAAGAAACGCAAAGAGAAGUGCGAUCCUGGCACACCUUGCAAGUCUUGCCUGAAGCACUACAAAGGCGAUUUGGUCAACAAUCCUUGCCGUAAUCAUUUGCUUGCCGACCUGACAAAAGCCUUCUUGUCCAAUCGCCAUGGAUGGCAUCCUACAGCUCGGUCGCUGGAGUCAUCUAUUGCACCACAUGGAUUCAGUAUCUUGACAGACAUUACGUAUACGAUCCCUCUGUACUUUGGCUUUGGUCAGCCGAUCAGUGUCAGUGUUCAUCCAAUCGAGCUGGAUAGCACUCAACCUUUGAUACACGAGCACCUCGUCUAUUCAUGGCCUCCCCAGUCUUCGACCAUAUCCACCCAUAUCGAAGCUGUCCUUCCUGCAGUAUUGACUGCGAACGCUGUCAUGGAAUUGAAACAGAACCUAGACGCACAUCUCACGCGUCUCAUUAUGACGGAGUUCUCUGCGUUCCCCUUAUACUGUUCGCAAUUGCGGGCGCUCCGGAGCGUGUACAUCUUCUUCCGCUCCUUCCGAUCAGACUCAAAGCACAGCCACACCCUUUUACAAGCCCUCAAACUUCUUGUGUUAGUGCACAUUGGCGGCGACAUUACCCUGCCGAAGCGAACAGAGAGUCGUUUUCUGGCUCGUCUGAUCCACGACACCAUGAAUGUAUCCAGUGAAUAUCGACCGACGCCCUGCUUCAUCCGUUCCCAGUUUGGCGGCAUUAUGCCCAACCUUGCACACGAGCUCAUGAAGAGUGUCCUCUCAUCGCUGGAGCUCUUGCUGCUUGGCCGCAAUGAAGGAGAGUGGUCUGUCACAUUGGCAACUCUCAUCGUGGUUCUCAUGACGGUUGAGUCGAUUCAUUACCACUCUGCGAAGAGACCGUACCACGAGGCACACAAACCUGCAAGCUCGGCAGCUCCCAUCGACCACGUGGAAGGAGAUGACGAGGCCGUCAAUAAGCUCCUCAAGUUCUAUAGCGCAUGUUUCUCAGCGUGCCACACCCGGCUGCGACCAGAUUGGGAAGGCGAGCCUGACAGGGCCGCCGUUCGUGCAUCUACUUCAGAUACAUUCAUCAAGAGCAUACGCGAGGCUGUCGGUAAAGCGAGCCCUGGAGGCUAUCUGUUGAAGAAGGCUCACGAGAAGAGGACUGACGAUGAAGAUAUGGGAUUCUUUUUCGACAGACUGGUCGCCAGGUUACUUCUCCUUGAUCCUCAACCUUAG